AUUCUUUUUCUUCUAUUAGAAUUUGUAUUAUACUUUAAGGAUCAAUUGCGUACAUUGCUAAUUGCAAAUGCUCAUUUCAUUAUUUUUUCUUUUUUAAAAUUCUCAGUACGUAUGUAUUUGUAAUUGAUUUUGGGAUUAAGUAACACUUUUUGUAUGCUAAUUGUAAAUGGAUUGAUUAUAUUUCUUAUAAUAUUCACUCCAUUAUUGAUAUCUAUUUAUUGUAUACAACGUAUCCAUCAUUAUAAAAAGGCUAAUUUGGCGUUGAUCUAUAUUUUGAUCAAGCUCAGUAGGAGAUCGAUCUACAUUUUGAUUGUGUUCAUUGGUAUUUCUCUUUCGUCAACAAAUUUAACGUACUUUCUACAUUUAUAGGAAACGACAAACCAAAUGCAAGAUAUUCAAGAAGUUUUUUUCAAAAAUUGAUUGCAUAUUGAAAAAAAAAGGUGAAAUACUAAAAAUUUCCUCUUUGUGGUACUAGCAACACUAUCGACUUUGACAAUUGUGUUGUUCUCCAACCAAACUUUUAUAACCUCACAUUUCGAUUAAUGUUUGUAUUAGGCACGUUCUUAAAAAUUGUUAAUACUAAAGUAAUAUUCCAGAGAAUGAGUGUCUUAACACAACGAUUGAACCCUAUCACUGGCCAGUGUGAUUGGGAAAUGCAAAACGAAUUGUAUGAUUAUCACCAAGAAAUUGCUAGGUCGGCGUACGCUGAUAUGUUACACGAUGAAGAACGAAAUCGGAAGUAUUAUGAAGCUUUAAAAACUGCUAUAAACAAAAUGCAUGGUAGAGGAAAAAAGGCUAAUGUGCUAGAUAUAGGAACUGGGACUGGAUUAUUGUCAAUGAUGGCUGUAAAGUGUGGAGCAGAUUCCGUUGUGGCAUGUGAAGGAUUUAAACCUAUGGCCCAAUGUGCAAAACAAAUUAUUGCAUUGAACGGGUUUUCUGAUGAUAUUAAAGUAGUUAAUAAAAGAAGUACAGAGCUAACUGUUGGAAAAAAUGGUGAUCUCAAAGAGCGUGCAAAUAUUUUAGUAACUGAAGUCUUUGAUACAGAACUGAUUGGAGAGGGUGCCCUUGGAACUUUCAGUCAUGCACAUAAAGAGCUAUUGGAAAGUGAUUGUUAUGUUAUUCCAAAUGCUGCUAAUGUUUAUGCUCAAGUAGUUGAAAGUCCAGUUGCAGCAAAUUGGAAUAGAUUAAAAGAUAUUUUUAAUAGUGAUGGAGAAAAGUUGUUGAGUGUUCCAAAUUCUAUACGGACUUGUCAUGGAGCUGCCGCAGUUCAUGAUAUACAGCUGAGUCAAUUUCCACAUGAGCUAUUUAAUGAAGUGUUUCCUCCUCAAACUGUUUUGAGGUUUGACUUUUCAGGAAAGACUACAUUUAAUUUCAAAAGGUCAAAUAUUCUCACAGUUAAAUCACAACAUGAUGGUUUGGCUCAAGUGGUAUUUAUGUGGUGGGAUCUCAUAAUGGAUCCUGACAACAAAAUAGUUCUUAGCUGUGCUCCAUAUUGGAGUCAUCCAUUAGUUAAGGCUGGAUCAGACUUAAAAGAUGUUCAAAUUCCUUGGCGGGACCAUUGGAUGCAGGCUGUAUAUUAUUUACCUUCAGAAGUUAAAGUAAAAAAAGAUAAAGAAUUGUAUUUUAUUUGCUGUCAUGAUGAAUAUUCUUUGUGGUUUAAUUUAAAGAAAGACUUGAAAUUAUCAAAUCAGGACUAUUUGUGUUCCCCUAUAUGCGAUUGUGGUGUACAUAUUGCUUUUUCCAGAACUAGGAUAGGGCAACUAAAUGAUAGUGUUAGGACUAAAAAGUAUAUAAAUGUUUUAGAAAAUUGUGUAACUAAUGACAGUCAGGUACUAAUUUUAAGUCAUGGCUUUUAUCUUGGAAUGGUAGCAUCUAAACUGGGUGCUAAGGAAGUGUAUUAUAUUGAAGAAAAUGUUCACAUACGAGAAAUUCUUCACUCUUUUAUAAAGUUUAAUAAGUUAUCAAAUGUUCACAUUUAUGAAGGCGUUGAUGAACUUAAGAAGAGUGUAAAUGUAGGUAAUAUAAAUGUUGUAUUUGGAGAACCCUUUUUUGUGACAACUAUUGUACCUUGGGACAGUUUGCAUUUUUGUUAUUUAUUGGAGCAUUUUAAAGAUCUUUUACCAGAAAAUGCAGUCAUUAUACCUCAAAAGGUUCAUAUAAAAAUAAUAGCAGUUCAUUUUCAAGACUUGUAUAAAAUUAGGGCUCCUCUUAUAAACUGUGAAGGAUUCAAUAUGAAACCAUUUGAUGAAUUAAUUACGAAUUCAUCUCAAAUAAGCGAUUCGUCAGUGGAGGCCCAACCUUUAUGGGAAUACCCUGGAAUUGCUUUAAGUGAAGUUACCACAAUUGCUACUAUUAAUUUAAAAAAGUUUUUUGAAGAAGAUGUCAUUGAAAAUGUUGGCACUAUCAACCUCCAAGGGAACGAAAAUUGUAACGGAGUAGCUGUUUGGGUGGAUUGGUUCCUCGAUGAUUCAGAAAAGAAUAUAAUCUCUACUGGACCUACAAUAGCACCUGUUGUAGGAAAGAAAAUCACUUGGGAUAUGCAUACUAGGCAGGGUGUUUGUCUUUUAACAGAUAAUGAAGUCAGAAAUAGCUUAAAUUAUUCUUUUAUUUUUGAUGUUAUUCAGGGUCAAAUAAAUUUAAAAAUCAGUUAGUUUUGCUCUUAAUAUAAUAUCUAUAGAUAUAAUUCCAAUAAUAAUUGAUUUCAUUAUGCAAUACGUUUUUUUUUAAAGUUCUUUUGUAUAGUUUUUUUCGUAAAAUUUACAAAAUAAAUAUGAAUGGUUUGUACCUUUAUCAUGUUCUUGUUCAUUAGACCAUUCUUAUUUUAAAAGAAUGUGCCAUUUUGUGUAAUAGUCGAAUGAUAAAUUUAUAUAUUACAUUAAUCUUUUCUGUCAGUAUCAGUAAAAAUAAGAAACAUUUACAGUCUUAACUGUACUUAUGUACUACUUCAAUUAUGUUUCCUAAAUGCUUAAUUCAUAAUAAUAAGUAAAAGUUAAUUAAUAGUAAGUGAGCAUUAACUCGGUUACAUUAAUGUUUAUGCAAGGUUCACUUUUUGUGGAUUUUUUACAGUUUUUAAGGGAUAUUUUUUGUAACUUGUAUAAUAUAAAUCAAAGCUGAAUUGGAGGCAAAAGAGAAAUUUUGUAUCAUCCCCUGUAAUGUAUCAGGCUUCCUAUUCUACCAUGAGGAAGCUUGAUACAGGCCAAACCUAGGUGUCGUCUGUGAUAGGUGUUAAACUAUUUAAUUAUUAUUUGACUGAUAUGUCUAUACGAUUCAAAUUUUGAUGAAAUUUUGUUCUUCAUAAUUUUUUCUGACUUAUUUCAAAAUUAAAAUAUCUUUUUUAAUCUUAAUUCCAUUUCUUAGUAAUGUAUAGUGAACGUAAAAUCGUAUUACAUAGAUACAAUUUUUUAUAUUAAAAAAAAGAAGCAAUGUAAUAUGUAGUUACAAAUUUUACAUUUCGAAUCGAAUUUAAUUGACUAUUAAGCACCUAGGUA